AACUCACACUUUGUUCGGUCAAGAGGAGCCAGGUUUGGCUUUUCUCAGCUUUCGUCUUCUAACACAACUCUGCUCCAAAAUGAAUUGUACCAUUCACUUCAGUGCAAUCGAGAUAUAUAAUGAAAAAGUGUAUGAUUUAUUGUCUUGUAACAAAGAAGAUCUUCCUUUAUAUGAUACUGCAAAUUCAGUGACACUGAAAGGACUGACAGAGAUUGAACUAUGUGAUGAAGAGCAUUUUUACUCAUUUGCAAUUUCAGUCAUUCAAAAGAGACACACAGCAUCAACAAAAUGCAAUAACAGUUCGUCGCGUGGACAUGCUCUGUUGCAAUUCAAGGUUGUGUCUCAACAUCAUAAGACGACUGGAAAACUAGUCAUUGCUGAUCUGGCAGGCAAUGAGAACAACACAAAGACAGGAAAUGCAGGGGCUAGAAUGAGGGAGAGCAAAAAGAUAAAUUCGUCGUUGUUUGCUUUCAGUCUUGUUCUAGCUGCCGUUAACAACAAACAGAAAUCAAUUCCAUACAGAAACAGCAAACUGACAAGACUAUUGAAGGAUUCUAUUGGCGGUUCUAGUCUCUCCACAAUCAUUGCUACCAUUGACCCAUCUGUCAGGUCAUAUCAGAGCACUCAUCAAACACUUGUGUUUUCAUCCAAGGCCAGCAAAGUGGUCAACAAUGUUGUCGUCCAUCCAGUAACUCCCCACAGACUGCCACCUCGUCAAGUCAUUGAAGAGCACGAACCCAUGCAUGAGACAGUUGAUCUAAAUCUUACGACUGGCAUCAAAAUGUCUGAAUUCAUGAACGAUACGGAUAUCAUGACUCCAUCACCUAAACGGGUAUCCUAUUGCAAGACACCGUCACACGACCUUCCACCAGGGUUUAGUCCAUUUGUGCGAACGAUCAUGGGCAGACUGGAGAGAAUCGAAGACAAAUUAGACGAACAAUGUUUAUCCAUGUCUCAGCUCAAUCAGACAACUGGAAAUGCUUUGAUGAACUUGCAGUCUACCUCACCAGCAGCAGAGCAAAUAAUAGACUUGACAACAACAGAACAAUCAUUGUCAACCAACACAGAGCAAGCAGCUGUGCAUACAUCAUUAGUACAAAGACCAUUCUAUUCUGUCCCCUUUCUUGCUGACAAAAAGCCCAAAUUUCGACCUCUCAAACGAUUUCGUCCUAUGGGAGAGCCUGUUGAUCAGAGAAGCACAACAUACUCUCAACCUUCUGUGACCAGGCUAGCCGAAGACAAGCUGCUAUGUUGGGAAUCGUUGCAGCUCAUCAACACGGGCACAUUGACACAACUGUGUGAAUUGCCGGGAAUAGGCAACAAACGAGCACAGAAUAUAAUCAUGUACAGACCAUUUGUAAGAGUCGAAGACCUGGCCAAUGUCCCCUGCUUCCCUACUUCUAUUAUUCAGCACCUGUUGUCAAGACCAUAGCAGAGCACAGACCAACAAUUUUUAAGUUUUAAUCAAUUGACACAAACUUAAAACACUAAAGUUUUCAGUACAUUUAGUUGUAGUAGACGUAUUAAUCUGUUUGAAUGGGAAAUGACACAGCAACAAACUAAUUGUGAUGUGUUA